AUGGCGGACAAACACUGCGCCAGGAAGAAUUGGAGAUGCACUUUAGAAAGGGCGGAAAAAUUCAUUUCCUCGCAAUAUUUCGCUGAUGUGAACUUGUUUAGCAGCUGUUUGUGGGAAGUUUGCAGAGGCACAAGUGGGAAACAGUUAUGGUCCUACAAUCUCUCUCAAGAGAAUCCGAGAGCUUUCCAAGCUCUGUACACAGCAAAUGAUAUUGUAAACGCUUGCCAGAAUUUGUCGAAUGAUGGAUCACUUCAGAGAGCUCACGAGAUCGCUACAAGAUUUUUCAAGCAAACUAACGGUGAAUCCCAGCACCAGGUUCACGCGGUCGGUAACUGCCAUAUUGACUGUGCAUGGUUGUGGCCUGUUGCUGAGACAGUGAGGAAGUGUGGUCGAAGUUUCGCUACUGCUGUGCGCUUGAUGAAAAAAUACCCUGACUUCAAAUUUGUUUGUUCACAGGCGCAGCAACUGGAGUGGGUUAAAAUCCAUUACCCGACUUUAUUUGAAGAGAUUAAAUUAUUUGUUGCCAAGGGACAAUUUAUCCCUGUGGGUGGAACAUGGGUUGAAAUGGAUGGUAAUAUUCCGAGUGGAGAAUCUUUCAUUCGCCAGUUUUUAGUUGGACAAGAUUUUCACCGGAAAGAAUUUGGGAAAGUUUGUCAAGAGUUCUGGUUACCAGACACAUUUGGUUACUCUGCUCAGCUGCCGCAGAUUAUUCGCGGAGUAGGAAUGAAGUACUUUCUAACGAUGAAACUGAGCUGGAGUCUGAUAAAUAAAUUCCCUUUUCAUACGUUCUUUUGGGAGGGAAUUGAUGGAUCAAGGUGUCUUGCGCACUUUCCUCCCGCAGACACGUACGAGUCUCGUGCAAACGCUGCUGAUGUUUUAAAGACAGUAAGGCAACUGAAAGACAAAGGGCAAACUCACGCCAGUAUGUUGUUGUAUGGCCAUGGAGAUGGCGGCGGGGGACCCACUGAGGAUAUGUUACAAAUGUUGAAGAGAAUGGAAGAUGUAGAUGGCUGCCCGAGGGUGAAGCUGUCAGACCCUCAUGAAUUCUUCCAUUCCCUUGAAUCACGUGACGGCGGCAAGCUGUGCACGUGGGUUGGUGAGUUGUACUUGGAACUCCAUCAAGGAACAUACACCACGCAGGCGCAGAUCAAACGAGGAAAUCGCCAAAGUGAAUUCCUUCUUCAUGACGCGGAACUCAUGGCAACUCUUUCUUUCAUUUUGGGAGGUUACAAUGCGGAAUUUUAUCCAGCUGAAGAAUUCCUUAGGAUCUGGAAACUUAUGCUUUUAAAUCAGUUUCAUGACAUUUUACCAGGAAGCUGUAUCAAAGAGGCAGCCGACGACGCUCUGGCAAAUUAUAGAGAAAUUCUUAAAAGUAUCGCUCGCAUUUUCGACGGCAGUUGCUCAAAGGUUAUAUCUCAGUUGAACUCUGGGGAAGAAAAUUGCCUGAUCAAACCAGUUCUUGUUAACACGCUCAGUUGGCCUCGAUCUGAAGUAGUAACCAUUCCUAAGGAAUUGUGGGAACGCUUAUCUGCAAACGAACAGUCGUCCAUGAAAACGCAGAGAUCAAAGGAAGGAGAAAACCUUGUAUUGGUUUCUGUUUCAAGCACGAGCAUAUCCAACGCAGUUGAAACAACGAAUGAAUUCCAUCCAGUUUCUGUAUCAUUGGACGAGACACAGGGAUCUGUCACAUUGGAAAACAAUUUAAUUCGAGUUGAAUUGGUCCGAGGGGGUCUGGUAAGAAGUCUUGUACACAAGGCGAGUGGCAGGGAAGCGAUCAGCCCAGGGUAUUCUGGAAACCAGUUUGUCCUGUUUGACGAUGUUCCAUUGUUUUGGGAUGCUUGGGAUGUGAUGCCAUAUUACUUGGAAACGAGGAAACUAUUACUUCCAACAUCCUCUGAAGACUUCAAGAUCUUGGAGGAAGGGCCGCUUAGAGUCUCAGUCGAGUUCUCUAUAAGGAUUAGUAAGCACAGUUCUUUGAGGCAAACAGUAUCUUUGGAUGCUGACUUACCAUAUGUUAAAUUCCACACAAAGGUUGAAUGGCGCGAGAAUCGAAAGUUUCUUAAGGUUGAAUUUCCCGUUGAUGUUCACUCCAUGAACGCUACUUACGAGAUUCAGUUCGGCCACUUACAAAGGCCUACGCAUUGCAAUACUUCAUGGGACUGGGCCAAGUAUGAGGUCUGUGGUCACAAGUGGGUGGAUUUGUCCGAGCACGACUGGGGCGUGGCACUCAUGACUAACUGCAAAUAUGGCUAUUCUACUCAUGGGAACGUCAUGUACAUCUCACUGCUUCGUGCUCCUAAAGCCCCGGAUGAAGAAGCUGAUAUGGGAUCGCAUGAGUUCUCUUAUGCAGUUUAUCCUCAUACAGGUACAUUUCAAAGCGCUGGUGUUAUUCAGCAUGCUUACAACUUCAAUCAGGCAAUCUCCGUUAUACCUGGUUCUGUUUGUGAAAGAAUUAAGGAAAGGUCCUUCUUUAACGUAGACAAUCCAGCCGUGAUAUUGGAAACAGUGAAAAAGGCAGAAUCAAUUUCAUCAGCAGCGGUUGUUCGACUUUACGAGGCUUUCGGAGGUCGCGCUCGUGCCAGACUCACGACUAGUCUUCCGGUCAAGAGAGUCGUAAAAUGCAACCUCCUAGAGGUCCCAGAUGAUGGUGGUGAAGUUCCGUUGUCGCGUGGUCGCGUGGAUCUUAGUUUUCGACCAUUUGAAAUAACAACACUGCUGCUCUUUUUUGAAUAAAAGGCCCUCUGUCGUGUAGCUGAGGUAACCCAAGCUGUUCCGGCAUAUUUCACUAGGUAGUAAUUCAGUUCUUUAGCUUCAGCCACAUUUUUGAGACGUUUCCCGGCGCGACGGCACAGUGGGAAAAAGGUGUAUAAUCCAUUAACUGUGCAAAUAUCGUUGAUAUUUUAGGCUCUCCCCUAGAGGGUAUUUCACACCCUUCAGUUUCGUCUCUAACACCAUUUAGUUGGUUUAGAGGUCGUGAGAACUUGCCAAUUAAAAGUUAUUUAAGCUUACUUGCCGCUGGGAGUUUUAGGAGGGGGUCACUCUCGUGAAAUUUUUAAUUUCCUUUUAAUUUUAAAUCAUUUGCGCUACGGACCUCUUUCAUAAAUGGCGGGCGUGUACAUAAACCCCCCUAGCUUGGACGAUAUCGUUUGAAUAAAAAUUUUUUUCGCAAAAGCGGGGCCAACAGGGCUAAUUUUCACUUUCACAAAAGAAUUAUAAUCCUGCCUAUGCUUAUGAAAAAGGUCUUUAGGUUCGUCUUUAGCCCAACACGUUCUUUAGCUGAAAAUAGAUGAGAUUAGACAUUCUUGUCACUUAGGGAUUGUUCUACGUGUAUAACAUCCCAUUCUCUUGCAUAAGUUACCUCCAAGGUGAGGCAUUUAGACGGGAGAAGUGCUAAAGUGCUUCUUUCGGGUAUAAGUCGCAACAUUUUUUCAAAAUUGAUAUAAGAUGUUUAGUGCCGCUCUCGCUAAGCGCGGUCCUCUCUCAAAAUGAAUGCUCAAAAUGUAGGCGUUAAUCGGGCUAAAAAAGGCGUAUCAGUACAUAGCUUAUAUACCAAUGAGGUCACCGAUUGCCUCAAACUCGCGGGUAUAUCUCUAAUUUUCAUCCACCAACAUAUUGAAAACAAUGCAAAUCCGUGUGCUCGCUCAAUUGCGCUCGUGUCAUUUGCAUAACUCUGCAAAUUGACCAAGAUCUCCUGUUGACUGUUCAAACUUCGUUCUUUUAUCUUCUUCGUUGAGAAUUUUAGGUUUUCAUAACAACUGAAUAGAGAAUAGAUGCCAAGUUGUCCUAAAACGUUGCGUAAACGUGAUCGAUCGUGACGCUUGCGCGCUUGUGUGACUUACAAAGUAAACAAAGGUGAUCGGAAGCGCUUCCUCGAUAAUUUUCGUUGAAAUAUCAGGUCAUGAACUACGCACAAAUUGAUGAAUUUUUGAUGUGCAAACUAAGGUCGAAGAGAAGGGUCUCCUCUGAUCACGCUGGUAUGAAAAAUAUUUGAGGUGAAGUUUCCAUAUCUUGUCUGUGAACUAACUGAAUACAUCUUGUAACUUGUAACAAUUCCGUGAGCCAUAUUAUUACAGUCGCUACGCGCUGGACAAAAUCUGUGUACUUUACAUUUUCGAUUACUUUCCACACGGGUGGUCUAGCCAAAAAUCAUUUUUGGCUUGAGGCGACGCAAAAAAAGAGAAUUGGAGAACAACUAAACUAUUUUUGAUACAUGUGUCUUAAACCCUUUUCAUAGGCAAAAAAUGAAAGAAAACGGAAAGUGGAGAGAUCUCCUCUUAGCGAGAGCGGCACUUAGUUUACAUACACCCGUUUCUGGAAAAAUAGCGAUGAAAACAUCGUGUGAGAGUUCAUACAACAUUGAGGUAAAUAGGAAGUUUAAUACUGUGUAAACGGGAAAUCUUUUUUUUAUCUCUUUUCAUUAAACAGACGUUGAGUACCUUAUUGUUUUUCUGCGGCCUAAUGAAACCCUGGGGUCGAGCUGGAGAUUUCUGGUGCUUUUCAUUGUCAUAGAGCAUGUUUUCUUUGUUUUGUUUUGUUUGUCAGGAUCACAAAGUGAUGAAUAACUCGGUGUAUUUGCUGUUUUUAUUUGUUUUGUACAUACAUUUGGCUUCUACUCAA